AUGGCUACUUCCGAAGAGGCGGUCAAUAGCAUAGAGGCGCCAUUGACUUUUGAGCCGAAAAUCACAUACUUGGACUCAUUUAAGCACUGGUGUGACUUUAAGUCAUUGGCUGAAUACGAAAAGGAACUGUUGUCGUAUCUGCCCUUUUAUCCGAAGAGCGACAGCACCAGACAGGCUGAGAUCCUGGAUACAAAGAUUAAUUCCACAAAUUACAUACAUGAAUUCCACGUGCAAAACACGGAGGAAACUAGAGAGGAUAGGCAUAUUGUGAUGGUACAUGGAUAUGGAGCUGCUCUAGGAUUUUUCUACAAAAACUUUGAUGGUCUUUCGAAAAUGCCUGGAGUCCAGCUUCAUGCCAUUGAUCUUCUGGGCUAUGGUCUGUCUUCAAGACCUCACUUCCCUAAGUUUGGAGUCGACACUCCCGAAGAUAUUCACAAGAGCGAGGAUUUCUUCAUAGACGCGAUAGAGGCUUGGAGGAAGGAAAGAGGCCUUGAAAAGUUUGUUCUCAUGGGCCAUUCCCUUGGAGGCUAUCUCUCCAGUUGUUAUGCUUUGAAAUACGGCGAGGGAGUGGUGCAAAAACUGAUUUUGGUAUCUCCAGUAGGAGUCGAGAGGAACGAUUUUUCACUGAUUGGGGGUUACAGUGCACAUCAGCGGAAUGUGGCAGUUGAUGAUACAACGAUAGCUCAACAGCAGGGUGUUGCGAUUGAGAACGAAUAUCUUGAGGGUCAACGGGAUAUCGUUGCUGAUGAUGUUUCCAUCUCUUCCUCGGGGUCUUCCCAUUCCGAGCGUCUGCAUCAGGUCAGGCGUGCUCCCAAACUUGGCAGGAUAUUCACUACGAUGUGGGAGAGGAAUGUUUCGCCGUUCUCAUUUCUUAGAGCACUCGGGCCGUUUGCUCCUAAACUAGUUUCAAACUGGACUUUCAACAGAUUCGGAGCCAUUGAAGAUCCCCUGGAGCUUAUGACUGUUCACCAUUACACCUACAAGACCUUUGCCGCGAAAGGAUCCGGUGAAUUUGCCCUUACAAGGAUUCUGGCACCAGGAGCAGUUGCAAGACUGCCAUUGUUGGAUAGACUUCCUGGAAAACUAAAGAUCCCAUCGAUUUGGUACUACGGUGAUCACGAUUGGAUGUCGAAAAGCGAUGGCCGUUUGAUCGUGAAAGAGAUAAACGAGGCCAGUGAGGAUGGAAAGCUGGCAAAAUACAGAAUCUUGAGCAAUGCAGGUCAUCACGUUUAUCUGGACAAUCCUCCCGAUUUUGAGCGUUCGGUAAGAAAUUUCCUGGGUUGGUAA